UGAAGAGCACCUGAAGGGGUGAAGUCAAAGCCUGCUCCACACAACCAGUGGAAAUGGAAAAAACCAGGCCGUUAUGGGACAACCCGUUCCAGUUUGUGUUUGCUUGCAUUUCUUAUGCAGUGGGACUGGGAAAUGUAUGGAGGUUUCCUUAUUUAUGUCAGAUGUAUGGAGGAGGUGGAUUCCUAGUCCCUUAUCUUAUCAUGUUAAUUGUGGAAGGGAUGCCAUUGUUAUACUUGGAGUUGGCAGUGGGACAGCGCAUGCGUCAAGGAAGCAUCGGGGCAUGGAACAGAAUAAGUCCUUACCUCUGUGGGGUUGGCAUUGCCAGUGUUGUCGUGUCCUUUUUCCUCUCUAUGUACUACAAUGUCAUAAACGCUUGGGCUUUCUGGUACCUCUUCCAUUCAUUCCAGGAUCCUUUGCCAUGGGCAAAUUGUCCCCUGAAUAGUAACCACACUAACUACGUGGAAGAGUGUGAGAAGGCAUCCUCCACUCAGUACUUUUGGUACAGGAAAACUCUGAAUAUUUCUCCAUCUAUUGAAGAGAGUGGGAGCAUCCAAUGGGAACAAGCAGUUUGUCUUAUCCUGGCAUGGCUGUUGGUCUAUUUGUGCAUUCUCAGAGGAACAGAGUCCACAGGCAAGGUUGUGUAUGUGACGGCUACUUUGCCCUAUGUGGUCCUCAUCAUAUACUUAAUCAGAGGCCUAACACUCCAUGGAGCUACAAAUGGACUAAUGUACAUGUUUACGCCAAAGCUAGAGCAACUAGCAAACCCCAAGACGUGGAUUAACGCAGCAACUCAGAUCUUCUUCUCUCUUGGGCUUGGCUUUGGAAGCCUGAUUGCUUUUGCCAGCUACAACGAGCCAAGCAACAACUGUGAGCGGCACGCCAUCAUUGUCUCCCUAAUCAACAGUUCCACCUCAAUCUUUGCCAGCAUUGUGACUUUCUCUAUUUAUGGUUUUAAGGCAACUUUCAAUUACGAAAGCUGCAUAAGCAAGGUGAUCUUGCUCCUUACAAAUGCUUUUGAACUGGAAGAAGGACUAUUAACGGCAGCAAACCUUGAAGAUAUGAAAGUUUAUCUAGCAUCUGCUCAUCCCAGUGAAUAUACAGAACUGUUUCCACAGAUAAGGAAUUGCAGCCUGGAAGCUGAAUUAGACACAGCAGUCCAAGGGACUGGAUUGGCAUUCAUAGUCUACUCUGAAGCAAUAAAGAACAUGGAGGUCUCCCAGUUGUAUUCAGUGCUCUAUUUCAUUAUGCUGCUAAUGUUGGGGAUAGGCAGCAUGCUAGGGAACACGGCAGCCAUCCUCACUCCUUUGACGGACAGCAAAUUCCUUUCCACUCACUUGUCCAAAGAGAUGAUCUCAGGUGGCAUCUGUUUUGUCAACUGUAUCAUUGGCCUUCUGUUCACCCUUGAGGCUGGCAGCUAUUGGUUCGAUAUCUUCAAUGACUACGCAGCUACCCUGUCUUUGCUGCUCAUUGUAUUAGUGGAAACUAUUGCUGUUUGUUAUAUUUAUGGGCUAAGAAGAUUUGAGGAAGACCUUCAUGCGAUGACAGGCCAUAAGCCAAGUUGGUACUGGAAGAUUAUGUGGGCUUUUGCUAGUCCUGUGCUAAUUGUAAGCCUAUUUAUAUUUUACAUCACUGACUACAUCAGUACAGGGACCCUGCGGUACCAAGCAUGGGACGCAACAGAGGGUCACCUGGUUACAAAGGAUUAUCCUAGUGGUGCUCUAGCAGUUAUUGGGUUGCUAGUGGCAGCAUCCACUCUGUGUAUCCCUCUAGCUGCAUUAGUAACUUUAAUAAUCAGAACAAAGAGGGGAAACGCGUCAACAGUUGCAUGACCAGCAAGAGUUAGAUUUAGGAGAACUUCAAAAACAGCCACAGCUUCUACACUCCACUUCGAAGACUCUUGCAGCUACCACUCUCAACAACAGAAUAAGGUUACUGCCGAACCAAACACUCUUUUGGCAGCUCCUGUACUGGCUCAGGCAACUUGUAGCUGAUGAUGGUUUAAGAUGGUUUUGAUGAAAUAUGUACAGAAAAUGACAGCUUUCAAGAAAACCAGUUUUUACAAAGAAUAUGCUGGCCAAUUUCAUCUGCCUACACAGGGGUCAUUUUGUAGAAAAAGAGCUGGAGGAACUCAUUAGCAUAACUCAUUAGCAUAUGCCACACCCCUGACAUCACCUAUCCUGGCUGUUUUGGACCCAAUCCUGGCUACUCAUGGCCAAAAUUGGGCCCAAAAUGGCAAAAGGGGGCUGAAAAUGGCCAAAAAGGGGCCCAAAAUGGCCAGAAUUGGGCCACUGCUGAGCAGGAGAGUGAUCCACCACCCAUCAGAGGCCCGAUCCGGGAUGUUUCGGCCCCAAUCCAGGAUGAAAUGGGCCCAAAAUGGCCCCCCAUGGGCGGGGCCACCUAACGUGACCUCUUUGGGGAACUGCCGGAACUGCGUUCCUGCGCGUUCCCCCUUGAAAUGAGCCCUGUGCCUACAUAAGGCAAUCUUUGCCUUAGUGGAAAGGAGUUUCUUUUGUAUCUGGAGUGCCGGAAGAAAGUCUUGCACUUCAGGGAAACUACAACAUAUGCUACGGUUGCCAUGUAUAAUGCAAAACUUGACUACACAAAUCAUUUGUGCUUUUCAUGGAAUGUGUAUUCCUGGAAGAUGAUAGGAAACUUCUGUAGAAUUUGCAUUAGCUCACCACUGAAAGUUAUCAGUGUUUGUAUGUCAAUUUUCAAGUUAUAUGAAGUAAACAGCAGUUUCCAAAAUAGUCUAUGGUAUUUCCUGAGAUGUGCUCUGCACUCAUAAUGGCAUGAGCAACUAGCAAACCCCAAGACUCAUGUUAAGCACUGAAAAGAUAAUAAACAUAGGAUUACCCGUCAGCACAUCUCCUACUUUCUUUCUAGUACUCUUAAAGUUACCAUGAAAUGCCAAACAUACUCAUAAAAACUUUAAAAAGUAGGUUAGAUGUGUUGGUUCACAGCAAAAUUUAAAACCAAAAGCCAUGUAAUACCUAUUAAAUCUAACCAAAAUACAACUUCCACGGUUUCCAUAGCUUUUUAUUAGGCUGGAAGUUGGGGAAAAGGGGAAGAACUUGAUGGUCAAGCUUUUAACACCUCUUCCCCAGCAUCCUGUGCAGACAGUAGGCACAAGAUGUGGCAGAUACCAGGUUGCCCCACUAACAUACUGUAAAUAAGGAACAAAAUGUGGAAGCCACCCCAUUGAAAACAUAACUGAUGGAACUUUAAGUUCCCUACAUGGUCUCGUCAUGAGAAAAAUGUUAGUUACUUCUUUUGCUGUACUAUGUGUUACCAUCACAAUUUGAUCUUGUUCAGUGAAAUCUAAAAAAAAAAGUUAACACAAAAACCAAUACUCAAGUUCUUAAGAAUAGUCUGCACACUACACAAAACACCUUAAGGGGUCACACUCUGCUUCACCAGGAGAAACGCCACUCAGACACCUUGAAGUUUUCUUACCCUGCUGUAAAAUGUGUAAUAAUGCUUCUGUACCCUGCUCUCUUAAAUGACGAGCUGGAAUGCAGGUAACUGAUUUUCAUCUCUGAAUGCAUGAUUAUAAUGUUCUACCCUACAUUCAUUUUUCAUGCUAAAGUUCAUAGAACAUUUAAAAUAUGAGCUGAAAAUCAAUAUGCACCAAUAGAUGAUACGUUAGGCAUAACUAGAAGCUAUGUCACAGUGAACUUCACAACUUUGGGAAAGAAGUUCCAGCAUAUACUUGCUAAAGAAAUUCCAUAUUCUGUCCAAACAGUAUUGUGAGAUCAGAUUAAGUUCCAUAGGACACGUGG